CGGGCCGACGGCGGCGGGGCGGCCUGGAGGCGCCCCGGGCGGGGAGCGGCCGGCGGCGCAGUCCGCGUGCGGAGCCGGGAAGAUGCUGCUGUCCCUGGUGCUCCACAUGUACUCGAUGCGCUGCGUGCUGCCGGCCGCGGUGCUGCUGGGCACGGCCCCCACCUACGUGCUGGCCUGGGGGGCCUGGCGCCUGCUCUCCGCCUUCCUGCCCUCCCGCUUCUACCAGGCGGUGGACGACCGGCUCUACUGCGUCUAUCAGAGCAUGGUGCUCUUCUUCUUCGAGAACUACACCGGCGUGCAGAUACUGCUAUAUGGAGAUUUGCCAAAAAACAAAGAAAACAUAAUAUAUUUAGCAAAUCAUCAAAGCACAGUUGACUGGAUUAUUGCUGAUAUUUUGGCCAUCAGGCAGAAUGCGCUGGGACAUGUACGCUAUGUGCUGAAAGAUGGGUUAAAGUGGCUUCCCCUGUACGGGUGUUACUUUUCUCAGCAUGGAGGGAUCUAUGUGAAGCGCAGUGCCAAAUUCGAUGAAAAGGAAAUGAGAAAGAAGCUGCAGAGGUACAUGAACGCACAGACUCCAAUGUAUCUUGUGAUUUUUCCAGAAGGAACAAGGUAUAAUCCAGAACUAACAAAAGUCAUUUCAGCUAGUCAAACAUUUGCUGCUAAAGAAGGCCUUGCAGUAUUAAAACAUGUGCUGACACCAAGAAUAAAGGCAACUCAUGUUGCUUUUGAUUCUUUGAAGAAUUAUUUGGAUGCAAUAUAUGAUGUGACAGUGGCUUUUGAAGGGACUGUUGACGAUAAAGGGCAGCGGAAAGAAGCCCCAUCCAUGGCUGAAUUUCUCUGCAAAGAAUGUCCAAAAAUUCACAUUCACAUUGACCGUAUAGACAGAAAAGACGUUCCGGAAGAACAAGCAUGUAUGAGAAGGUGGCUUCACGAGCGCUUUGAAAUAAAAGACAAGUUGCUCAUAGAAUUUUAUGAUUCACUGGAUCCAGAAAGAAGAAACAAAUUUCCGGGGGAAAGUGUUAAUUCUAAAUUAAGUCUCAAGAAGACUUUACCAUCGUUUUUGAUCCUAAGUGGUUUGACUGCUGGUAUGCUAAUGACCGAGGCUGGAAGGAAACUCUAUGUAAAAACGUGGAUUUAUGGAACCUUAAUAGGGUGCUUGUGGGUUAGUAUUAAAGCAUAAACAAGUAGCCGUCUGCAGGCAGCGGGUUGUGCUACGUGAUUUAUCACUGACAGUCACACGGGACAUCACAUUGUUUCCUGAAUUAAUAAGAAGUGUAAAUAAAGCCUUGUUGAUUGACCAUUGGAUAAAAUAGAAUUUCUGACUAAAGCCGACAUGCAGGUGAUCUUGGGCAGACAUACGUGAUUUUCCAACUUUAGAUCGAGCUGCUGGAAAGGGACACUAAGCGGUAUGUGCUGUCCUCGCGUGUCAGUGAGCCAGUGUACUCUUCAGAAGACUGUUGGCAUUGUGUGCUUUGGCAUUGUCCUGUAACUCAGAGCGCGGCACUCAUGAACAUUAAUUUGCAGGCUACUUCACUGUAUUUGUUAUUUUUAAUUUUUUACAACUUGACUAGUCCAACCUGUCAUCGCUGAAGUAUGUAGUGUCUCGCAGUCGUGUAACAUUUUGCCUUUUGCUUAAUUUCUCCAAGUGGAUGAAAGAAACUAUUUGUGUAUCAAGAAGGAUACAAGGAAAAGGGCAAGAAAUGUCCAUGGGGAAGAAGGUGUGGUUUGCGCAUGCUUUUAUUGUAGUGUGUUCUUAGCUGACUUUACCUUCUAUUUGCAAAGUAAUUAACUUUUCUAAUAUUUAUUAAAACGGCUUAAUUUGCACACCCUGUGUUGUACACAAAGGAAUAAUGUGUGAAAUACAAGAGUUACGUCUCGGUCGGCGCCGUGACCCUGGCCCGCUGUGGCAGAGCUGCGUUGCCCGGCGUUGUGAGGAGCAAAGCCGAGGCCGCAGCACCUGCCAGUGUCCGUGACCGGCUUUUCAGAUCUUCAGGCUUCCUGUUAUUUUUACAUCAAAAUAAUCAGCGUGAACCUUGGUUGGACCUGAGUCCGCAGAUUCCUGAGGUGAUGGGAGCCUUCAGACGCCCGACUAGGUUUACAAGCAUGUGCCUUUGGCCCAUUAUUGCUUUUGGGUUUAGCAGAAGUCAUUUUUGUUUUGUCAUCAUGGGCGGUUUCCACUGCGUGUGAAUUCUUUUCCGUUGGGGCCCCGGUGGCGUGCUGCUCGGGGCCUGGCACAGGACGGGCGCGGGGGGAGCACGGAGCCAGCGGCCUGUCCCGCUGCACGUGGGACUUGGCUAAGCUGUCGUGAGCCCGUCCCACCGGCUGCGGCAGAGGCGCUCGGCGGGCUCCUUCCUCAGGCCAGUGAAGCCCAGGCUCAGUCCAUCAGGCCCGAGUGAAUUCGUGGGGUCCCCGCUAGUUUCAGCGGGGCACACAGUUCACCCGUGUCACCUCCGAACAGGAGCUGCUUUCAGGGACCCAGUGCCACCAUUCAUUCCGCUUUCAGUCGCGAAGUAAUCACAGUAGGCUGGGGACGAGGACCUUUGUGGGUCUGCUCGGUUUGUAAGUUCUAACUUAAACUGGACUGUUGCCUCCUAGUCCUUCAGGGUAACGUUUCUGCCUGGUGGGGUUUUGUUGUAAAAUUGGGCCAGUGUCCCCAGAUGAAACACCCCAACUGAACCAUGAUGAGCAGAAUGAAAAUAAUGAGGAAGGGGAAUUUGGUCUAACUGACUCCCCAGACCCAGAGAGCAGGCCAUGGCAGACAGCACCUUUGAAGACCUGGGUAGUACGAACUGGUUUGUAUACAUCCACGGGUGUGUGUGUGCGCGCGCGUGCGUGUGUGUGUGUGUACGCACAUGCACACAGGAUAUGGUUGGUCACCUUAUGCAUGGGGGUGUAGGGAAAACUUCUGAAAAGUGUUCUCAUGCCAAAUUGUCUUUUUCUCUUACCUGUAACAUGAAAUUUAAAUCAGUCUCAUGUCUUGGUUAAUCCUUUUUUUAAAAAGUCCUAAAGUUAGAAUUAAUUUCUAAUUUGACUGAAGUAAAUGUGAGUUGUGUGACUGACUUUGAAUAUCAUGGAUAUGCUCUAAAUUUAAACUCUAAGAAGAAGUAUCAUGGAAUAAUAUUGAAUGUAACUGAUUUGGGGAAGUUACAAUUAAUUGCAUAAGGUCACGUUGAACACCAUGUCUCUUACAACCAUUCUUAUAUUUUCACAAAAAUUCUAUAAAAUAUGUGAGUUUCAAAAUUUUGUAUUAAAAUAUUUGGAAAACUAGAAGCUUCUUUUUAACAUGUGCUGAUAUGACUUGAAUUCUUAUUUUCUGAAAUGAAGAGCCCUGUAUCUCUCUGUAAAUCUUUUCACAUAUCUUAAGCCUUCCUUUUUGUUAUUAUUGUUGAUGGGCAGCUUAGUUAUUACUUAGUUUUUCUUUAUAAGAAUGCCAUCAAUGUGCAUGCUUUUAUGUUUUCCAGAAAAGGGUGUGUUUGGAUGAAAGUAAAAGAAAAAAUAAAAUCUUUCACUGUCUCA